AUGCCUUAUACCGUUGCCGAUAUAAUUCUGUGGGACUAUGAGAAAAAAAAGGCGAUAACUCGGUUUGUAUUACACAAAGUUAAAGUUCAAGCACUGGUGUUCUCUCCAAAUUCAAAAUAUUUGGCUAGCCUGGGGGGACAGGACGACGGUAGGUAUGUCUUUUAUUAUCCUGGUAUCAAUAUUAGUGUUGUGCUUUGGUCUUUGUCCAAAAACAGUGCGAUAUGCGGCAGUCCUGCGCAGAUGUCGAAUUCAGGAAUCACUCGUUCUCUUGCCUACUCAAACAGGAACGACGACUUAUUUUUUACUGGGGGAGAGUUGAACCUGCGGAUUUGGCGGGCAGACGUCCCAAAUAGGAAGAUUCGCCCGACGGAUUGUGAUCUUCGGCAGUACAAGAGAACUAUAACCAAAGUUGUCGCCGACAACCAAGAUGAAAUGUUGUUCUGUGCUACAACAUCUGGUGACAUCUUGGCUGUUAGGAUUAGCUCAGCACUGGUUCAGCUUAUUUUUCCAGAACGGGAAAAAUAUAGCCUAGGGAUAACGUCACUUUGUCUUGUUGAUGAUUCUUCUCUCAUAAUUGGGACAGGCGAAGGCACGGUGCAAAUGCUGAACAUUGGACACCAGGCUCGACGAAUGAACUGUGAAUUGAUCCUACAAAAGACCUCACAGAAACGAUCGGUCAUGGGUGCUGUCACGUCGAUAUCGCUCCGGGGAGAAGGUCAUCAGUUUUUCGUUGCAACAGACAAAAGCCACAUCUACCGUUUUGAUGGCUCAACCUUCAACCACGAGCUCAUUACAUCCUGCCACUAUUCACCGAUUAAUGGUGUUAGCUUCCCUGAAAACUGUUCGGAACUAUUUGCGACAUGUUCAUUUCAAGACAUCAGGGUGUUCCACACGUUGACUCAACAAGAACUUUUGCGUAUCAAUAUUCCUAAUCUGGUCUGCUUCAGCAUUGACAUUCUCAAGGACGGCACAUCGAUUAUUUCAGGCUGGGAUGACAGUAAGAUACGUGCUUUCUACCCCGAAACUGGUCGACUGAUGUACACGGUUAACGAUGCGCAUAAAAAGGGUGUUACUGCGGUUGCCGCGACAUCCUGUGGGACCCGCAUCAUCUCUGGUGGAGGAGAGGGCCAAGUGCGGGUCUGGGAGCUCCGUGAGUCGCUCAACAAACAGACCAAAAACUUCGGGCCCCACUGUCAUCGAUCGAAGCCCAAGGGCGGUGAUGGAGAAGCGCCUCACUCGAUAUUUAUCACUAAAUUACUGGCUACUAUGAAAGAACAUGCAAACACUGUCUCGUGCAUUAAGAUUAACAAAGACGACACGGCCUGUGCUUCGUCGUCUGCCGAUGGCACUUGCAUUGUUUGGAGUUUGGUGGAAUUUACACGUUUGCAAAUUAUCUUCUCAAAUACGCUGUUCCGAGUGGUGUGUUUCCACACCAGUGAGGUGCAACUGUUGACCGCUGGAACAGACCGCAAAAUCGGCUACUGGGAGAUGUACGACGGUUCGCAGAUUCGUGAACUGGAGGCCUCUCGGUCCGGCUCCAUCAACGGAAUGGACCUCACCAGAGAUGGAAAUGUUUUCGUCACUGGCGGUGAUGACAAAAUCGUUAAGGUUUGGCGCUACAAUGAAGGCGACGUAACGCACAUUGGGCUGGGGCACUCGUCUCCCAUCACACGACUGAAGAUUUCGCCUGACCAGAAACUAAUCAUCACAGUUAGUGAAGAUGGAGGCAUUUUCAUUUGGGAUUUCCCACCGCAAGAGGCUUUCGAUUCCGUCCAUUAA